ACAGCGUGGUGUACACGGUUGUAUAGAACGAUUGGUUGAACGAGAUGCUUGCGAGUUCUUCUAUUUUGAGGAAGUAGAAGUAAUUUUAAAUAGAACAUAAUGAAUUCAAUCGACAAAUGCUAUUUUACCUAGAAGUAAGUGAUAAAUAGUCUAUAUAAAACCAAACGUUUGCUUUUGGAAGAAUAUGCACUGAGUUAGCAGCCCUUUAAUAGAACGACAGUCAAAUGAGAAAGCUGUGACACAGUUGCUAAGUGGAUUUCCUGACAAACAAGGUGCGUAUGAAGAUUUUGCACAACCAUUGAGCCGACAGGUUAACUACGGAUGUUGGUCCUGCUGUACUUCCUCUUCACACUCUCCUUAUUGGCUGCUUCAGCAGUGCAGACAGGAAAUGGCAGCAGUGAAGUAGGAUCCAAGGCAGACAGUGCAGCCCCAAUUCCAGUACUGCUGGUGUCAUUUGAUGGUUUCAGAGCGGACUACCUCAAACGGUUCCCUCUACCCAACCUAAAGCUCCUGUACUCACAGGGAGUCUUGGUGGAACAGAUGACUAAUGUCUUUAUCACUAAGACCUUCCCCAACCAUUACAGCCUGGUUACAGGUCUGUAUGCAGAGUCUCAUGGUGUCAUAGCUAGCAGCAUGUAUGACCCUGCAACCCAGAAGCACUUCACCACCUUCAAUGAUACUGACUCCUUCUGGUGGAACGAAGCCUCCCCAAUCUGGGUCACUGCACUGGAUUUUGGGUACAAGACAGGUGUGGCCAUGUGGCCAGGAUCAGACGUGGCAAUCAGGAACAGAACAGCAACUCACUUCCUGCCCUAUAACCGCUCUGUGUCCUUUAGUCAACGCUUGGCCAAUGUCACCCACUGGCUUACUGGAGGUGAAGGGGAGGAUCCAGUGUCAUUUGCGGCUCUGUACUGGGAGGAGCCAGACAAGACUGGUCACAUGUAUGGACCAGAUGACGCCUCCUACAUAGGACAGGCUCUUAAGGAGGUAGAUGAAAAUGUGGGUCUGCUGAUGUCAGAGCUGAAGCGAGCUGGAUUGUGGGGGCAUGUCAACAUCAUUGUCACCAGCGACCAUGGAAUGGCUCAGUGUUCCACUGAUCGUUUGAUCAGACUGGACGAAUGUCUGCAUCCCGACAACUACACAGUAGUGGACCUAACACCUGUUGCUGCUAUCAUACCUAAUGGAGACUCCAAAGCUGUGUUUUCCCUAUUGAGUGGUUGCCAUGACCACAUGACUGCAUACUUAAAGAAGGACAUCCCUGAUAGACUGCACUACAAGAACAACGACAGGAUCCCGCCAAUCAUAUUAAUAGCUGAUGAGGGAUGGACUAUCGUACAAAGGGGGGGGCUACCACGUUUGGGAGACCAUGGCUAUGACAACAAUCUACACAGCAUGCACCCCUUCUUGAUUGCAGUAGGCCCGGGGUUCGUUCCCGGUUACCGUCUCCCGCACUUACAGAGUGUCGACGUCUACCCAAUAAUGUGUCAACUGUUGGGGUUGCCUCCAGGACCAAACAACGGAUCGCUCUCCCAGGCACGCUGCUUCCUGGCUGGGAUGGGCUGUGUUGACAUCUCGCUAGUGGUGGGACUGGUGGUGGGGGUUCUGCUGGUUCUCACCACACUCACUGGUCUGUUUAAGUUGUGGAGGCCCGGGCGUCCGUUGUCUUCUCGUCCCUUCCAACGGCUGUCGAUACAGGAUGAUGAUGAUGACGACGACCCUCUGCUGGACUAGGGCAAUCAGGUCCCAGACCAACCAAAGACAAAUCACCACCACACCCCAACAGCUGCAGUUGGCUCGUUAGUACAGACCUCUGCACUAACAAGUCAAUAAAAAUGAAAUGCAGAAAGAUAUUGUUGCAACAGUAGUUGCUCACCUAUCCUUAUUUAAACAGUCUUCGGCCUUUAAAUAUAAAGCACAGGUGUACGGGUUUAAAACACAUUUUUGAUGGUCGGUGUUUUAAAAAUCCAGGUCCUACACUUUCCAAACAUUUUGCACUGAAUAGGGUGUGGUGUCAUUUCAGACACCGUACAACUCAUUCACUGCUACCAUUCUUAGGGUAUAUUCAAAUGAAUAGAUAACACAACCUGGGGUUACUUGAAUAUGUCUAUACAGAGAAACGAUUCAUGAUGAUAUAAUAUUUGUUAUAGACUGUGUGCAGAAAUGCUACAUUAACUGUUAAAGAUUUGCCAGACAAUCCUAAAAACAGACAUUCUGUUAGAGAACUACAUAUGAGGUUCCCAUAUUGCCUUAGUUUAUUUCUGUAGUAGUAACUUUCCUGAUUGAAUAGCAGUGAUGUAAUGUCAUUGCAUAAGUUAAAGGGUUUGUUAAAUAUAAUGUUGACUGACAGAAGCUUUGUUUCUGCUGAAAAUGUUUGUUAGCAAAGUUGAUUAUAUUUAGGUGUGUGUGUGUGCACUUUAUAUUCAGCUAAUGCAUUGUAUGGAUUCCAGCUGAUUUAAAAGGAGUCCUGCUCUGCUGUUAGAUUCAGGGUCAAGUAAAAAAAAAAAAAAGAAGAAAGUUCUUAAAGUUACUUAUUGCUUUUUUGAGAGGUCUGAUUGUCUGUUGACUGUGUGUGUGUGUGUGUGUGUGUGUGUGUGUGUGUGUGUGUGCGUGCAUGUUUCUGUCAGAUGAGAAAGUGGGUCUGAAAUCUCACACAUGCAUUUGAGAUGUCUGAAGUCUCCAUAAUGUUACUAAAACCUGACAUAUCGCUCCCCAGUUGUUUGUUACCGGAGAACUGACUUCUGGCUCCGUGGUUAGGUUUAUGUAGUGAUGGCCAAACGAGGCUUCAUUAGCAUUAUUUUAGCAGCAGAAUAUUAUGCUGGCAGUACUCAGAUUUUCUUUACCACAUUUAAAGCCAUCAUUGGCAUCAUAUAAGGCAAUAUAGUUAACCGUCUAGUCUGUCAAAAAAGAACAGACACAAACAAUGUUUGAAACUGACAUUAAACAUAAAAUGUAGUGACUAGAUUGCUAACUGUAUUGCCUUAUAUUUCAAUGAUGGCUUUUAAUUUGAAGAAGAAAUUCUCAGUUAGUGCUGCUAGCAUAAAAUCCUGCUGCUAGACGAAGAGUAAUGAAGUCUCAUAUGGCCAUCACUAGGUUUACGGAAAAGCUACAGUUGAGCAUGGUGUUAGAAUUGGUGUAACGUUUAGGUUUAGGCAUAAUGUGUAGGAUAUUGCGGUUAGGAUUAGAGUUAGGUUAAGCUUAGGGUAUAGGGUUUUCUGGGUUUCAGGUCCUCACAAGGAUUCAAAAUGAAGUGUGCUCCUUAUCCAUGUCUAUACAUACAUGUAAGUCCCCACAAAGAUAUUAAAGGUUGGAAAAUCAGGUCCCUGGUCUUUCAUGAUUAAAUAUCUGUAGUUGUGAAAUGUGGAUAGAAGUCAAAUAUCUGUUGUUACUAUACCAUAAUAACCAUGAGUCAUAAGAUUACUGAAUUGUUACUAUGCUGUUAACUAUGGUUACUCUAUUGUAAUUCUAUUGUUACUAUGUCAUUCUGUGGAUGUGUGCCUCCAGAAUGCUCAUACUGCUCAUACUGUCACUGAAUAACACAAGUAUAAAGUUAACCUGAAUGUUG